UUUAACUCUGGGAUCCAUCCUGAGAGCUUAAGAUUUAGAUUCUCUGUGAACAUGGAUUUUACAUUUUCCUUGGCAACUUAUUUAGUCCUAGUGGUGACGGUUUUUUAUAUUUUAAGCAACUGGAAGAGAAAAGCUUUGAACAAUUUUCCCCCGGGACCCAAAGGCUGGCCCCUGGUUGGAAAUGUAUUCAGUAUUGACUUAAAAAAGCCUCAACGGACUUACAUAGAGCUGUCUAAAAAAUAUGGCCCAGUGUUCAGUGUGCAGAUGGGCAGGAAGAAAAUGGUGAUCUUGGUUGGAUAUGAAACGGUUAAAGAUGCUCUUGUUACCCACGCUGAGGAGUUUGGGGGCAGAGCGUAUAUUCCAGUCAACAAGGAUUUAGAAAAGGGUCUGGGGAUCACAUUUUCAAAUGGAGAAAACUGGAAAGCGAUGAGAAGAUUUACUAUCACGACCCUGAAAGACUUUGGGAUGGGCAAGAGCACCAUAGAAGAGAAAAUUACUCAUGAAUGCAGUUACCUGGUUCAAUAUUUUGCAUCUUUUAAAGGGAAGCCAUUUGAUAACUCCACCAUAUUAAUUACAUCAGUGGCCAACAUCAUUGUGGCAAUAUUACUUGGACAUCGCAUGGAGUAUGAAGACCCAGUAUUUCUUAGACUUCUUAAUUUGAACAGUGAAUAUGUUAAACUUCUUGGAUCUCCCAUGGUUACGAUUUAUAAUAUGUUUCCUGCCCUUGGAUUUCUACCCGGUUGCCACAAAACAAUUGAGAGGAAUAUGAAAGAACUCUAUGCAUUUGUUAGGAGAACAUUUGUGGAACAUCAAAAAAAUUUAGAUAUCCAUGAUCAGAGGAGUUUCAUUGACGCGUUCCUGGCACGACAAAAAGAGGAAGCAAAACACCCAGAGACAAAGUCAUACUUUCAUAAUGAAAACUUGGUCAGACUUGUAAGGAACGUGUUUUCAGCAGGAGUGGAAACGACAUCUACCGCCCUCCGAUGGGCUCUGCUUUUGAUGAUAAAGUAUCCAGAUAUUCAGGAAAAGGUCCAUGAUGAGAUAUCAAGAGUAAUUGGAUCGGCGCACCCCACCUACAGUCACCGCACACAAAUGCCCUUCACAAAUGCUGUUAUUCACGAAAUUUUAAGAUUUGCUGAUAUUGUUCCACUCAAUGUACCACACGAGACAACCAGAGAUGUGCACUUCAAAGGAUAUUUUAUUCCAAAAGGCACCUAUAUCAUCCCAUUGCUGUCUUCUGUUCUGAAAGACAAGACCCAGUUUGAUGCACCCGAAGAGUUCAACCCAAAUCAUUUCCUUGAUUCCGAGGGGAAUUUUCUGAAGAAAGAAGCAUUUAUGCCAUUUUCAGCAGGCCGCAGAGCUUGCCCAGGAGAGAUAUUGGCAAGAAUGGAGCUGUUCAUAUUCUUCACAAGCCUUCUACAGAAAUUCUCCUUCCGCCCACCGCCCGGUGUCACCAACAUUAAUUUAUCUUCCGAUGUGGGAUUCACAAGCGUGCCACUGGAGGGCAUGAUCUGUGCCAUUCCCCGCGCCUGAACAAUCAAAAUCUUAAAGGAAAACUAUCCCCCUGAACAAUUUAGGUCUCAAUGUAGCUCAUAUGUAAAACCCGGCUUCAUCUUUAUCAACUCUUUUCAUAAAAAUAUACUCUUUUUACUAGUAUGUGCCAUUGGGUAAUCCAAAACAGGAAAUUGCCAUUUUCAUUACUAAGGGCCGCCCCCUGGGAUCAUAGGAUUUACAUUGCAAAAAAACAAGCCAAGGCACACAUACAUAGGUUACAUAAGACAAUUAAUUGACAAAGUUCUGUCUUUUGCUGCCACACUACUUCCUGUUACAGUUAGAGCUGCAUCACUUCCUGUCAGCUGACCUCUGAGGGAGCACACAGCCCGUCACUAAAUGGCGGCUCAAGGGAAAAGGGCAAUACUGAUAUAUAUAUAUAUAUUGGAGUUUGGUAAUAUUCUUUAACAGGCUGCUUACUAUCUGCUGGUUUUUUAUUUAUUCUGAAGGUAUAGUUUUCCUUUAAAAAAGGACCAGUUUAACUUUCUAGUUUUUAGAAAAUAAGGAUUAAAUAAUAAAAUGGUUGAAAUAAUUCUGAUAUUAACAACAAUGUAAAAUAAAUGGCAAAUUUAUAUCGUAAUAUAAAGGUGUUUUAUUUUACACCAUCCGCUGGAAACAGUUGACGCCAACGCUGUAAAGAAUGGUGUACAAAGUAGAGAUGUAUGAUCACUAUGACAGGAAGUGACAGGAAGUGAAACUGGCUUCAUAUUCUUGUUCAGUGUCAGAAAUAGCAGAAACUAUGUAUAUUUCUUGAUUAAAGGAGAAGGAAAGGUACAAUCACUGGGAGGUGCCAUAAUGUACGACAGCGACCCUCUUCCAUUUAUCUUUAUUCUUCCAAAUCCCGGGGCUGAUGUUGAAAAGGGGGUGUAUACUGUCUAGGUAUAGAGAUCCGAAUUAUGGAAAGACCCCUUAUCUGGGGAGAACUGUACGCCCCAAGCUUUCCAGAUAAUAGAUCCUAUACCUGUAAUUAUCUAAAUACGCUGUAUAAAUUCAUGUUGAUGGCUAAACAAUUAUAUCUUAAUGUUUCACAUACAGGUAUUUUUGGGGGAUGGUGUUCCAGUUCCCAAGCAUUCAAGGCAGCACUUUCUAUAGGUGCAUGUAUUUGAGUUUUAUUUAAAGCUAAAUUCUGUCAAUUUAUUCUAAAAUGUGGUUUUUCAAUAAAUGACUGAUUUACAUUUA